UGAUGUUAAUCCCAGGAAAACACCAAACCAUGUUAUCCAAUAUGCAGAAGCUCUUGCAUUAUGUAAGGAAAAGAGUGGAGAAGAACAAGGAGACUCUGGAUCUGAAUAACCCCAGAGAUUAUGUGGAUGCUUUUCUAAUCAAAAUGGAAAAGGAGAAGAAUAACCCCAGCACUGAAUAUAACAUCAAAAACCUGGUGAACAGCACUCUGCAGAUCUUCUAUGCUGGCAUGGAGACUACAGCCUCAACACUGACCUACAUUCUUCUUAUUUUUAUAAAAAACCCUGAUGUACUUGGCAAAGUCUGCAAAGAGAUUGAGCGCAUCAUUGGUCGAGAGCGAAACCCCAAAAUGCAAGACAGAAAUCAGAUGCCAUUUACAGAUGCUGUGAUCCAUGAAAUGCAGCGAUUCAUUGAUCUACUUCCAUUGGGUGUGGCUCGGAAAACUACAAGGGAUAUUGAGUUUAGAGGGUACAAUUUACCCAAGGGCACUAACAUUUAUCCGAUGAUUGGCACGGUGUUGAAAGACCCCGCCUGUUUUCCGUACCCUAAUGAAUUCAACCCCAAGAAUUUUCUUGAUGAAAAUGGGGAAUUUAGAAAGAAUGAUGGCUUCAUGCCUCUUGCAGCAGGAAAGAGGAACUGUAUGGGAGAAGCUUUGGCUCGAAUGGAGAUUUUCCUUCUAAUAGUUACAAUUCUGCAGAACUUUGUCUUAAAGCCUGAACUUCCCAUGGAGGAUCUGGAUCUCAGGCCAGAUGUAUCUGGAUUUGGUAAUCUUCCAAAGCCGUACAAGAUGGCCUUCAUACCUCGCUAG